CAAUUUGGGAAGGCUCUCUUUGUGAUGUCAUGGCUUUAUAAGUUUGUGUAAAGUUAACUCGCAAUAUACGAGUUAAACGCCGGUAGACAUGCAGAUGCACCGCUAUAUGACAUCACUGGAAAAUGAAAAUAAAUCAGCCAAAAUAUCAGAUGGAGAAUUACAAGCCUCCACAAGUUUGGGUCAUUCUUGGGAACAGUUUCUAAAGGUUUCACUUUUAUUCAAACAAGUUUGCACAACUAUAAACAGCUUGGUAAAAUCUUCACUAUCAUAUAUUUCAGAAUGUAUGUUGGUUCUGUGUCCUAAACAUUAGUGUGUUUGUUUGGGUGAUGAAUUUAUCAACCUGAGCACAAAAUCAAAAUACAUGUGAAGAUGUAGGUCAAAGCUGAUAAGUUUCAUUAUUUACAGUGAAAUGUAUCCUGUGUUUGUAGUGGCUGAAAGGGCACUCAAAAAAAAAAAAAAAUUCUGAAAGCAAAUUUGCUCAGGUACGAAGAUCAUACAUUUUAGAAACAGGGCCUUUGAUCUGAUGAUCUGAUGAAACAAAAGUGUUUGAUCAUAAUAUCAGUUGUUGCGUAAUGAGGAAAACAGGGAAGCUUGCAAACCUGUGAACGCCAUCCAAACUGAAGAAUAGAGACGGUACGUGAUGGCAUCACUGUGUCACCGUUUCGCUCCUGAGGAGCUGAUGCGCUUCUCAGAAUGGAUGGCGCCAUGAGGAACAAACAUUAAGAUGGGAUAUUGAAGCAACAUUUCGGGAAAUGAAAACCUAGACACAAAGGAGUCUUCCCAGUGAGUCAUGACUGCAAGUUCACCACCCAAUCAAUUACAAAUUAACUUUAUGAUCAAAAAGGAAAUGUAUGUAACCCCUUGAAGGUGUCUAAUUUUUGUGGCUUGUAGCAAAUAUGAAUAAUUUAGAUUAUCCCAACUGACCUAAAACAGGAUCUAAUUUCAGACAAACGGGAAAUAAAGUUGUCUGAUUUUUAAUAUUGCUUAUAAACUAAUGUUUUCACAUGUACAUGAAUAAAUCCAAUUAACAUAAAAUACUUGGGAGGACAUUUUUGUUUUAUACUUUAUUUUUUAUAACCUUUCCCCCCCACCACCUUUUACAUCUAAAUCAUGAAAAAUACCCUGAAAUGGGAUUGAUUGUGUAAUUAUUGGCUGUCAGAAUGAGAUUUGACCUCCAGUUUUGUUUGCUGUGUUAUGGUGACCUGGCUCUUAAACACACCGCACUUAUUGAUUUGGCUGCAUCUUUAAUUUGUUUAUCCUUUUUUAAACCUUUCCACUGUUCCCACUCAGUACGGUGAGCCCACCUAAAUGCCUGUGUGGCAGGCAGAGAGGAAGAGAAGGGGAAUUAGUCGCUGUUGCGCAGCAUAUCCGAGGAUGAUUCAUGUAUAAGAGGCAGAACCCGGUGCAGAGCAAGCAGGAGUUCGGACCAGCACUCAGACCCAGGAUAAGCCCAGCCUCCUCAGAGCUGGAGACCCUCUCCUCGCCACGUCUCCCACCCUCACCCCGUGCCCCCCUCAGUGACAUGUACCCUGAAGAGAGCCGGGGCUCCGGAGGGGUAGCUGCUGUUGACUUCCUGGAAGGGACGUACGACUAUGCCACCCCCACCCCUGCCCCAACGCCUCUUUACAACCACUCUACCACUGGCUACUUCUCUGCUCCUCUGGACGCCCAGGGACCACCGUCUGAUGGCAGCCUGCACUCUCUGGGGAGUGGGCCGACCAGUCCUCUUGUGUUUGUGCCCACCAGCCCGAGGCUCAGCCCCUUUAUGCAUGCUCCAAGCCACCACUAUCUGGAACCCGCCUCAACGCCAGCUUACAGAUCCAGUCACCACCCGGCCUCCAGAGAGGACCAGUGUGACGCCCGUGACGAGGCAUGCAGUGUGGGAGAGCUGGGAGUCGGAGUCGGAGCCGGCGCUGCAGCCGGGGGGUUUGAGAUGGCUAAAGAGACGCGUUUCUGUGCUGUGUGCAGCGACUACGCCUCCGGGUACCACUAUGGGGUGUGGUCCUGCGAGGGCUGCAAGGCCUUCUUCAAGAGGAGCAUUCAGGGUCACAAUGACUACAUGUGCCCAGCGACCAAUCAGUGUACUAUUGACAGGAAUAGGAGGAAGAGCUGCCAGGCUUGCCGACUUAGAAAAUGUUACGAAGUGGGUAUGAUGAAAGGAGGUGUGCGAAAAGACCGCGGUCGCGUUCUGCAGCGUGACAAACGACAGACGGGCGUCGGCGACAGAGAAAAGACUGGAAAAGGCCUGGAGCACAAAGCGGCACCCCAUCAUGAUAAGAGGAGACGCAGCAGUGCCCUGGGAGGAGCGAGAUCCUCAGUGACCGGCCUGCCGUCUGACCAGGUUCUGCUUCUCCUUCAGGGUGCUGAGCCUCCGAUUCUGUGCUCCCGUCAGAAGCUGAGCCGACCCUACACUGAGGUCACCAUGAUGACCCUGCUGACCAGCAUGGCCGACAGGGAGCUAGUCCACAUGAUCGCUUGGGCAAAGAAGCUCCCAGGUUUCCUGCAGCUCUCCCUCCACGAUCAGGUUCUACUGCUGGAGAGUUCGUGGCUGGAGGUGCUGAUGAUCGGACUCAUUUGGAGGUCAAUCCACUGCCCUGGAAAACUCAUCUUUGCACAAGACCUAAUACUGGACAGGAAUGAAGGAGACUGUGUUGAAGGCAUGGCGGAGAUCUUCGACAUGCUGCUGGCCACCACCUCCCGCUUCCGCAUGCUCAAACUCAAACCGGAGGAGUUCGUUUGCCUCAAAGCGAUCAUCCUGCUCAACUCUGGUGCGUUUUCUUUCUGCACCGGAACAAUGGAGCCCCUCCACGACAGCGCGGCCGUCCAGAGUAUCCUGGACACCAUCACGGAUGCUCUCAUACAUCACAUCAGCCAAUCGGGAUACUCGGCUCAGCAGCAGGCGAGGCGGCAGGCCCAGCUGCUCCUGCUGCUCUCCCACAUCAGACACAUGAGCAACAAAGGCAUGGAGCACCUCUACAGCAUGAAAUGCAAGAACAAAGUGCCUCUGUACGACCUGCUGCUGGAGAUGCUCGACGCCCACCGCCACCACCCGGUCAAACCGUCUCAGCCUUCGCCUCCAGAUGACAAAGCUCCUCCCUCCACCAGCGGUGUGUGUUUGGGCGGCUCCUCUCCGCCCGGUCCCGGUUCCGGACCUCGAGGCGGCGGCGAGGCCCUGAUCAGAACCCCCUCGGUUCCCAGCGUCCUGCAGUACGGAGGCUCCCGCUCCGACUGCACCCAGGUCCUGUGAGUCGGAGGCCGACAGUCGUUUUUUUACGAACGGCGCAUGCAGUUUUGAAAAUGACAGCUGAAGGUUGUAUUUCCGUUGAUUUUAUCAGAAAGUAAUUUAUAAAUAAGAAUGUAAUUUUAUAGCCAAAUGGGGAGAAGUUUCACCUUCUCGGCACAAUCUGAGCCUCAGUUCCUUUUAUUUGCUGAGUUUCAUUUUUUUUGCUUUGCAGAGACGUCGUCAAACUUUGACACGCAGUGAUUUGAAAGGAUGAGCAGCUAAUUUUUGUGUGUUCUUCAUCUUGACCAAAGUGCACUUCUUCUGACUGAAGGACUAAUGGGCAUUAUUUUUACUUUUGCGUAUAGGAGGUAAUCACCCAUCAAUUACUGGCGAAGAUGAAACACCACAUAGUUGCAUCCGUGCUCAAAAUUUAAAUCAAUUUUGUUUUAGAAUGAGCGUUGUAGGUUAAAUGCCUAAAAUGAAUCAGAUCAAUCCAGCCCACACUGAUUAAAGGAAACCUGGAUUAUAUGCUGAGUAAUCGUUAUCCACUGCUGUCUGUGUACAGGAGGGGUUUUCUAUGCUUACCUGCAGCAAUUUUCUCUGAAUUUAUGCUAAAUGUUGAUGUGAGCUUGUGUCCUGACACGUGUUUUCAGCACUGAGACUUUAACAGAGGGAUGGGCGGGGCAGAGCGGUCUUCAGUUCAACGUUUCAUCCACAGUCUGACGCUCAAGUAAUUCAUUGAAUUCAUGCAGACUUUGGCUGGAUUUACUCGUCUACUAAUUUAAGUAUAAUUACUCAUUUCUACCUGGUAAAUUUCUGACUUCUGAAUUUUAAAUUCAGUGGAUUUUUUUUCAGUACUUUUAAAAGAAAGUUUGCAAAUGAUCUUUUCUGGUCUUUUCCUGUCAGACUAGGGGAAUAUUUUAGCGGGUUUGGUUACCUUGGAGCGUCGGAUGCAGAUUUGUGCUCCAAAAGUUGGAAAAUGAGAUAUUCCUUCUGUUGGACAAUUAUAUAAAUUAUAGUGAAAGCAAAAGUUUGAAGUAAUUUGCAGAAGGUUCCAGUAGUCUUUUCUCUCCUAUUGCUUCAAAACUUCAAAACAAAAACUAGAUAUUAUUGUUAAAACUAUAAAAGCUUUGGUCUCCUGUUUCUGUUUGGAGAUUUAAUUGUGCUGUGCUAACAGAACACUGUUGGUCGUAAUCCAGCGUUAGCCUGGAGAUCAAAGUGUUUAGCUGGACUACUUACAGACUUUAGAUCAGAUUUAGCAGUUUGUAAAGGGAUCCUUAAGUUUCCUAAAAAGUAGAGUAAUGUCCUGGAAGUUGCAACCUUUUUUUUUUUUUAAACAAACCAAAGAUAUUUUGUAUCCCUGAAGGAACCAAGGAGUGUUAUCCACAAGACCUUAGAGUUCAGAUUUCAGUUAUGAUUUUCUAUAAGUCGUAUGAAUUGUGUUAAUAUGAAGAACUUUCUGACGUCUGUGAAUUUCAGAAAAGCAAUUGACGGGCAGCACAGCGUAAAUGUGUGGGAAAUGAUCAAAAAGGGUCAGAAGAAGAGCGUAUGUGGCCACUUGAGCCGAAUUAGAGGGUAAAUCCAGCCAAACCGGACGUCACUUAUCAUGUGUUUACUGUGCGUGUAAAUAAAGGCUGAUGUUGGAAAACUUUUGCUCACUUUUUUUUUGUUUGUUUUAUAUAUGCAACAAAUCAGGUCCAGGAAUCCACAAAAGUAAAUACUUCAUGUUUUAUUUGCAAAAAAGAGUAAUCUUCCUGAAUUAGCAAACUGUACAUACAUAAAUAACCAUUUUCUCAUUUCAUUUUUUUUUUCUUUACAGAAUUAGUUUAAACAAUGCAGUGUUUCUCGGAUAAUUAGACGGUUAUUACAAAGCACGCUUUUAUCAUAUCACAGCCACCUACUAAAACACUACCAGUGAUUGUUUGGCUUUCUUAAAACGCAGGAAACCUUCAAGUGCAUGCUUGAAACAAAAACAUUUUUUAAAAAACUGCCUUUCUUUAAAGGCAUUUCAAACAAUUUACAAAGUAAGUGAUUCGUUUUUGUUUUGUUUUUUUAUUACGAAAGCAAAUCUGUAAUUUUUAUGCGAGCCUUAGCUUUACUGGAGGGCUUCAGUGCAGUACAAUUUUUACAGUGCUUUAAAAAAAGAAUCUUUGCUUUUUCAUGUUAAACCUUCAUUUUCCGAGUCAGACAGGUUAUUUUUUAAAGAAAAAUACUACGCUACACCCCAGUCUUCAGAGGGGUUUCUGUGCUGUUUCAGUCAGUUUUUUUUUUU